CUCCCUCUUGACCCUAGUCGAAGAGCUGCACCUCCUCCUCUCCCCUCUCGGGCGGAGCCAGGGCGCUCCCGAGCCCACCCCGCGCCGAACCCGGAACCGGGCAGGUGGGGGUGGGGGGAGGGCCAUCGUUUCGGGCUCACGGAGACCCCUACGCCCCUUUUCCCCCGCGGCGGGCGCCUCGGCCAUGUCUGCGGAGGAAAUGGUGCAGAUCUUGCUGGAGGGCCGCUGCUACCCUGUGAGCAAGAAGAAGCUUAUCGAGCAGAGCGAUUACUUUCGCGCUCUGUACCGCUCGGGCAUGCGGGAAGCUGGGGGACCAGACUCAGGGGGCCCCGAGGUGCAGCAGCUGCGGGGGCUCAGUGCCCCGGGCCUGCAGCUCGUGUUGGAUUUCAUCAACACUGGAGGAACUGGGUCUGACUGGUUUCUGGGCCCGCAGGGAGAGAAGGGUGGUGGAGAGGAGGAAGAGGUAGAGGAAGGCAGCUUGCUGGAGGAGCUGGUGGAAGUGGCCUCCUUCCUGCAGGUCACCCCUUUGCUGCAGCUGCUGCUGUCCCAGGUGCGAUUGGACAACUGCCUGGAGCUGCACCGCCUGGCACAGGUGUAUGGGCUGCAAGACCUCCAGGGGGCCUGCCUGAGCUUCAUGGCUGCCCACUACCACCAGGUGCUUCGCAGCCCCCAGUUCCACCUUUUGGUUACCCCUCCACAGGCUCCAGGGGAGGCCGGUCUCAAGCAGAAGCUGAGGGAGGGCAGGAUGAAAGGAAAAGCCGUCCUCAUAGCACUGGGAGACUUCUUAGGGGGGCCCCUGGCACCCCAUCCCCAUCAGGGAGAGCCGAGGUCCAUGCUUAGAUAUGACGAGGCCACCCUGAGGUGGUUGCCGUUGGCCAACCAGCUGCCUUCUGAUCUGGUGAAUGUCAGGGGUUAUGGGUCUGCCAUCCUGGACAACUACCUUUUCAUAGUGGGAGGUUAUAGGAUCACCAGCCAGGAAAUCUCUGCUGCCCACUGCUAUAACCCUUGCAAAAAUGAGUGGAGUCAGGUGGCUUCGAUGAACCAAAAGAGGUCCAGCUUCAAGCUUCUGGCUGUGAGUGGAAAACUGUAUGCCAUUGGUGGGCAGUCUGUUUCCAACGUUGAAUGUUACAAUCCUGAGCAGGACUGGUGGAAUUUUGUGGCCCCGUUACCAAAUCCUUUGGCUGAAUUCUCUGCCUGUGAGUGUAAGGGAAAAAUUUAUGUCAUAGGAGGAUACACUACCAGAGAUAGGAAUAUGAACAUUUUGCAGUACUGUCCCUCUUCUGAUGCCUGGACUGUUUUUGAAGUAUGUGAUGUCCAUAUUCGCAAACAACAGAUGCUGUCUGUGGAGGAGACCAUCUACUUGGUGGGAGGUUGUCUUCAUGAGCUUGGACCUAACAAAAGGACCAGCCAGAGUGAGGACCAAUUAACAGUGCGGUCUUACAAUACAAUUACCCGGGAAUGGCUCUAUCUCAAGGAGAACACGUCCAAAUCAGGUCUUAACUUGACUUGCACACUUCAUAAUGAUGGAAUCUACAUUAUGAGCAGAGACAUUACUCUAUCAACUAGCUUGGAACAUAGGGUUUUUCUCAAGUAUAAUAUCUUUUCAGAGAGUUGGGAGCCAUUUAGGCGUUUCCCAGCUUUUGGACAGAACUUAUUGAUUUGUUCUCUGUAUUUGCCUAGUGAAACAGAAAUAUGACUGCAUUUAAUUUAGUGUUUUAGAAUACUGAAAGCACCUAAUUAGAAAAAGCAAAAUCCCAUUGUAAGGAUGAUUGGCAUUUGCCCAAGGGGAUAAUGCAAGCUACACUAGGCCACAUAUUUAGCAUUUAUAAAUAACCUCACUACUUGAACUUAAUUCACUACUUCUAAAGAUUUUUGACUUUAAUGAUAUUGGUACUCUCUCCACCAACACUGAUAAUCCACACCUUAGUAAAUAAGUUUUCAUUAAUUGCUUUGACCAAAAAAAUUGAUCAUCAGCCUCUAAAUAUGAGUAACUCUGAACUUAACUAGGCUGAAUGUUAGGCAACAGAUACAUAUCUGCCUGCCUGGUACUCAAAGCUGUGGGAGCAUCCUGGGGAUUCCAGAGUGAGUUGGAGAUGUGUUGGGUUCUCUUUAUCAAUAAACAAGCAUGUUUUUUAAGCACUUACUGUGUGCCAGGUCCUGUGCUGGAGUAUAUAAUACAAAAAGUGAAAUAGUGCCCCAAUUAGACAGUGAGCUCCUGGAGGGCAGAGACUUCAUUUGUAUCCCCAGCACUUAGAACAGUGCCUGGUGUAUAUAGUAGGCAUUUAAUAAAUACUUAUUUAAUAACUGAGAAAAAAAAGAUUCUAGGAGAUCUCAUGUCUAGAGCUUUAUUCUACAACUUUUAUUUAAGUUAUUAAGUGAUAUUAAUCCCUUUUAUUAAGGGAGGGAAAGGUGGAAAGACAGUUGGCUCAAGUUAAUUAUUGGGACAACUGAGACAGCCCAAAGCCGGAAUAUACCCAUAGGGAAGAAGUGCCACAGCCUGUAGUAGUAGUUUUUUGAGUUGUUUACACCAGAAGAGGGUUUUCCAGAAUUACAAGGGGCCCCUGGAGGGACACUUCCAUCCCUAUCAGUCACAAUUAGGUGCUAAGAACUUUAAAUUCAGACUUCAUUAAAGGAUGUCACGGGGGCAUCAUUCUUCAUGGCCAAUAAUAGCUUUCCAUUUGCUGGUCUACCGUCACCACAUUUGCUAACCAGUGAAUUAUCACUGUUAACAGAUGAAAAGUUCAGGGAUUCAUUAAAAGGCAGAACAGCUAGCUUAGAUCAUUAAAUCACUGCACCUUAGUAGGAUUUGCUUUUUGGAAAUGGGAGGAGGGCAUAUUCCAAUUUUGAAACAGUGAAGUCAACAGUAACAUCUUGAAUGUGAUGAUCAGGAAAAUAAAGAUGGAACUUUUUGCAUAUUUACAUAUCUGAAGACAUUAAUUGUACUUGACCCAAUACAGCCCUUUUGGGGGGGCAUUGCCAUGCCUGUGUCCAGAGCCUUUCCUGUAGGAUAGGACCUAUUGGACUUUGAACCUCUCUGACAUAACUUCCAAGAACCCAGGAAUACUUCCACGCAAAGACAAGUUAUCAGAGUGGGCCUUUAGUGGAGACUUACUUGAACUAGUUACUUGAAAAUUAAAAAAAAAAAAAGGAGA